UUGCGGGCCUUGCUCACGUUCGGUCGUAUGCGCGAGAGUGGCGAUCGAGUUACGAGCAAUAAUCGCAUUUGUGAGAGCGCGCGCCCAAAGUUGUGUACGCGGAGAAGGUAGCGGCAGUUAGUUUUCUCUCACUCGUCUGUGAUCGACUUAUUCGCCCUUUGUGUUGCUCGCAUCGCAAUGUCGCUCGCCUAAUAAGUGCCUCUCCUUCUCACUCGUAGAGUUUUCGAAAGUCCCGGAAAACGAAAAAGCAGAGAAGCGGAUGCGCGCGCGCGCUUCUCCUGUCUGCCUAUCUAUCUCUCUCUCUCGCUCUCUCUUUACGCGUUAGUGGUGCGUCGCGCUAAAGGCGUCCUUCCGCGUUCUCGAUCUCGAAUGCGCGUUCGCGCAUUCGCCCUGGGAUUGUAACAGCUUACUUAGUGGAGUGAUCUCGUUUCCCAUCUCCUACGGUCGUCGCUCUCUCCGCCGGUUUUACCGCCGCGCGCGGGGGUCAGAGUCACUCUCGUAAAGUCAUCUCAUCGUGCGAUUUUUCGCCGGGAUAUAUAUCCCCCUCGCGAAGCGGUGGAACAGUGUGAAGCAGCAUCGGUCCCGGUGGAAAGUUCUUCGGCGCACUUCGCGAUUCGAUCGUUCGCGGAAUCUUCUCGCGGGAAUGUUGAGAUAGCCCGCACCAACCAACCAAGCAGGACUGGAUUACCAUGCUGGACACGGCCACGAGUUGCAGGUGGCUUGACGUCCAGGCUGAAACUGUGAAGUAUAGAUCUAGUAUAGAUUGGCAGCAUUAUGCUUGCAACAUAGCAUCAAAACUUCGACCAUCUUCUUCUUGAAUUGCGCUACAAUGUUGUUUAGGUAAGCGGGUGGGAGGCGCUGCUGACCGGUGGCGGCGGCGGCCAUGCGCCCCGGCCCGCCAGUACAGCCGAGCCGCCGCAGGUCUCCCCGUCACCAGCAUCCGCGCCAGCAGCAGCUUCAUCGGGAGCGCGACCGUAAGCAGCAGCAGCAGCAGGAGCAUCAUCGUCCCUCGCAUCUGCUGCCGCGGCCCCGCAUCAAGGGUCCGCGCGCCCUCCUGGUACUGCUGCUACUCGCCAGUAGCCCCCUGGUUCUGGGUCAGGCCCAGGAAUCACCGCCGGUCCAGUGCCAGCAGGCGCCCACCUCUCAUAAAAAUCUGUGGUCGGGGGGCAAUAACACGGCGGUUCAGCAGCGGAACUUGACCAUCGGCUAUCUCACUGCUAUUAAGGGCGGCCUCAAGGAUCGUCAGGGUCUCACCAUCUCUGGCGCUCUGUCCAUGGCACUCGACGAGAUCAACAACGAUCCAAACAUUUUGCCGAACGUGAAGCUGGUGAUGCGAUGGACCGACACGAGGGGAGAGACUAUCGAAGCUACCAGUGCAAUGGUAGACAUGAUCUGCGAUGGGGUCGUGGCCUUUUUUGGACCGGAAGGCUCAUGCUACGUCGAAGCAAUCGUCGCUGAAUCUCGCAACAUACCUAUGCUCAGUUAUAAAUGCUCGGACUACAAGGCCUCAAACGUGAAAACUUUCGUGAGGACCGAACCGCCGGAUACGCAGGUGACCAAAUCGGUGAUUGCUCUGUUGCUGCAUUACGGAUGGAAUAAAUUCACGAUAGUGACCGAACGCGCCUGGUCGACAGUCGCUCUUUCGCUACAAGAAGAGGCGACCAAGAACAAUCUCACCGUGAACCAUUACAGGACCGUCGAAGAUCGGCACACGUGCUGCGAGGAGAGGCUGCCUUGCUGUCAAGUCAGCGUAUGGUUUCAACUCAUACAGGAGACUAAAAAUAUGACUCGCAUUUACAUCUUCCUCGGCACUCCAAUGUCACUGAUAGAUAUGAUGAAUUCAAUGCAAGGCCAAAGGUUGCUGGACGACGGACAAUACAUGGUAAUACACGUGGACAUGAUGAUGUAUUCGCAACGUGAAGCACAAAAAUAUUUAUGGAAACCGGAACAUUUUGAUACUUUAAAAAACUGCCUCGAGCCCAAGGACUUUUUGAAGAGGGCACGCUCGCUAAUGGUUGUUGUAUCAACACCACCAACGCAGAAUUACGAGGAAUUUACUAAAAAGGUUCGGGAGUACAGUAGCAAGGAGCCUUUCAAUUUCGUAAUUCCCCAUCUUCUGAGAAAGUAUGAAAAGUACGUAUCCAUUUACGCGGCGUAUCUCUACGAUUCUCUUAAACUGUACGCGAGAGCCUUGGAUCAACUAAUACGAGAUGUACCGAAUCAAUCUAUCGAGGAACUCGCUAAAAAUGGCACUCUUAUAAUCGAGACGAUUAUCAAAAAUCAUACAUAUCAAAGUGUAAGUGGGGCGACCAUCAAGCUGGAUAAAUUUGGAGAUUCGGAGGGAAACUUUUCGGUUCUUGCGCUGAAGAAAAUUCCGUUCCAUCGCGACAACUUCUCUUGCGAUUAUCAAAUGUCGCCCGUAGGCCAGUUUCUGCAGGGUGAAAAUCUAGUAUACAAACCAUGGGGUGCUAUGGAGUGGCCUAGUAAAACUAAGCCGGAAGCAGAACCUGGUUGCGGUUUUCUGAAUGAACAUUGUCCAAAAGACGAGACACAUUUCCAUAGUAUCGUCGUCGCCGUGACACUGGCUCUCCUGCUAUUCUGCGCUGGGGUAUUUACUUUAAGUAUAUACCGAAGGUGGAAAAUAGAACAGGAAAUAGAAGGAUUGCUUUGGAAAAUUGAUCUGAAUGAAAUACAUGGUUAUCCUCAUCUCGAUAACAUGAUGUCCUCCCCUAGUAAAUUAAGUUUAGUUAGUGCAAUGUCCUAUGAGUCGAGAUGCGGCGGCCAAGUGUUUGCACAAACUGGGCAUUACCAUGGUGUAGUGGUACGGAUAAAGGAACUGAAAUUCUCGAAGAAAAAAGACAUUUCACGGGACGUUAUGAAGGAGAUGCGCAUUCUCCGUGAAAUUAGACAUGGUAAUCUCAACUCUUUCAUCGGAGCAUGCGUGGAACCGAUGAGGAUAUUGUUAAUUACCGAGUAUUGUGCCAAAGGAAGUCUUUAUGAUAUCAUUGAAAACGAAGAUAUAAAAUUAGAUGAUAUGUUCAUUGCAUCAUUAGUUCACGAUCUCAUUAAGGGUAUGCUGUAUAUUCACGAGUCAUCUGUGCUAGUCUGUCAUGGUAAUCUAAAGUCUUCCAAUUGUGUCGUGACAUCCCGCUGGGUGCUUCAAGUCUGCGAUUUUGGUCUUCAUGAUAUGCGUCAUUGUGCCGAAUCUGAUAGCAUCGGUGAACAUCAGUAUUAUCGAAGCUUAUUUUGGAAAGCACCCGAGCUGCUAAGAAACCCGCAUGCUUCGAUUAGAGGCACUCAAGAAGGAGAUAUUUAUUCUUUUGCCAUUAUUCUAUACGAAAUGCUUGGACGAAAGGGACCAUAUGGAAAUAUAAAUCUGGAACCCAAAGAAAUCAUAGAUCGAGUGAAAAAGUUCCCGGAAGAUGGUGAACCACCAUUCAGGCCUAAUUUAAAUAUACUCUCUGAAUCGAAAGCAAAUUGCGCCGAUUAUGUCGUUGGUACUAUUAUGGAUUGUUGGGCGGAAAGUCCGGAACUUAGACCAGAUUUUAAAAUGGUAAGAACCAGAUUAAAGAAGAUGAAAGGUGGAUGUAGUCGAAAUAUAAUGGAUCAAAUGAUGAAUAUGAUGGAGAAAUAUGCGAGUAAUCUCGAAGAUCUAGUCACCGAACGUACGGGACUUCUUUUGGAUGAAAAAAAGAAAACCGAGGAUCUACUUCACAGAAUGUUACCUAAGCCCGUCGCGAAUUGUUUAACAAAUGGUAUUGGAGUAGAACCGGAAGCCUUCGAUUUAGUUACGAUAUAUUUCAGCGAUAUCGUCGGUUUCACAGCGAUGUCAGCAGAAAGCACGCCAUUUCAGGUUGUAAAUUUCUUGAAUGAUCUGUAUACAUUGUUCGACCGUAUAAUUAGAGGAUACGAAGUAUACAAGGUAGAAACGAUCGGGGAUGCUUACAUGGUUGUUUCGGGUCUUCCAAUCAGAAAUGGAGAUCAGCAUGCUGGACAAAUAGCAUCGAUGUCAUUGGAAUUACUUAAUGCUGUCAAACAUCACACGAUACCUCAUCGGCCUCAAGAAACUCUCAAGCUACGUAUCGGCAUUCAUACCGGUCCUGUGGUAGCGGGUGUUGUUGGUUUGACAAUGCCUAGAUAUUGUUUGUUCGGAGACACUGUCAAUACUGCUUCUCGCAUGGAAUCUACCGGAGAACCAUUACGAAUACAUAUAAGUGAGCAAUGUAAAGAGGCGUUGGAUAAGAUCGGAGGUUAUAAGAUCGAAGAGCGCGGCUUUGUUGAAAUGAAAGGAAAAGGAACUGUGAAGACGUAUUGGCUUACGGGAGCUACAGUGACACACAGAAAAAAUAUAGAGAACUUUAACGAGGAUGAAAAUCUUCCACUGCUGUUCUGCAGACCACGAAAAAGCCCAAAACUAAAUCCGGACUCACGAUACGCAUCACUGUUAGAUGGAUUAGGUGCUGGAAGUCGCAGGCAAUCAAAUGUACCAUAUCCAAUGGUUGAUGAUUCAUCUUCCCAGUAUGGUGGAUCUAGUCCAGUUCCGCGACUAUUACAUACUCGCAAACUCGAAAAAUCUCCCCUGCCUUUAACUGAAAGCGUUUCGAAAACUACGCUAAACAAUAUUUCAGUACAAGAAGAAGAUGCGCAAAGACAUUUCAAUAUCAAAUCAGUCGACGAUCUAUUUAUAGACACGGGACCGAAAUUUAGAAAAAAUGCACGUGCCCUGUCCACCAUCGCAUCCUCGUCAUCAAGCGAUUAUCCAUCUCAAACUGUCAUACGUGAAUCUCGUUCAUUGGACCCGAUUCCCACUGAUAUAUAUAACAAACGUUUCGAAUCAUCAAACUUUUGGAAAGAGAAUGAAUGCACGCAAACUGAUUCGAAAAUGGACAUUUCAGAGAAAAUGCUGAACAAUAAUUAUCCUAAUGGCAAUGUGAUAAUGAUGUCUCACACCGAUAACUCGCCAAGUGAAGUAGAUCCAUUGUUAGAUGGUGACAGUGAAGACAAAAACGAAAUACGAGAGAAGCGUUCGCGGUCGCUGGAUCAGGUGGUAUCUGCAUCUAGCAUGGAAAGUGUACCUGAUAAAAAGUCUUCCGCGCGAAAAUUAUUAGAAAUUCCACCUGUUUCAACCAUUAUUCAGAUGUUCAAUGGUAAUGGAUUGCGGAACAGCAACCACUCUUUAAGGAGAGGAAUAAUACCAGGGUACGAUAAGCAAAACGAGCGCGAAAGUGUGGUCUAGUAUAUACAUUCGACAAAUAUAUUUUUUUAAGUACGACAAACUCGAUAGCAAAGAAUAAAAUCAUGUGUAAAAACUGUGCGCUACCAGAUGCAUAACUAUGUAAAACAUAUUACGUUAACGAGUCAGAUACAUGAUUUAUUGUUGCCAUCUUUUUUUUUCUUUUUUCUAGCUUAGUUAUGUGCAAUUUAUGUAUAUGAAAGUUACCGACAUACGCAUUGUAUAUUUUUAAUAUCUAGAUAUUUUAUAAUUUGUGUGUAUUAAAACGUGUGCAUCGAAGCGAUGCAAGAAACAACUUUUACAUGAUUUUUACAGGAUCUCUCCUGUUUUCUUCUCUUUAUUAAGAUUUUUAAUUUUGAAUUUUGUAACGAAAACAGUAAACUCUAUUUUAUAAAAAUCAUGACCAAAGUACACCACGGACAUUUAGAUCAUCCAAGGAUUCAUCGUUUAUGUAAUAAUACGAAAUUUCGUAAUAAUACGAAAAAGGAAUUAGGAUGGCAUUGCAUAUAAUCGAUGUCAGAAUGGUUAAAAGAGGCUUUUUGUUUUAUAGAUAAUUUCUAUAGCUUUAUAUGAAAAAAAAAAGUAUAUACACACAUACAUACAAAAAAGAUAAUUAUUCAAAUUAUGUAACAAUUAAAUCUGUAGAAGAUUAUCUAACAAAUGAAAAGAUUCUCAGCCGUUCCAAUGUCGACUGUAUAUACACGCGCGCAUAAUCAAAUAUGAAGUAUGAAUGUAUCAGUGAGACGUGUGUAUAUAAUACAUAUAUUAGCAUAUAUAUAUCUAUAGUAUGUAUAAGUCUAUACUUGUUCAUUGAAGGAAGUAAAUUGUCCGUAUGGCUGUGAGAAGUAAACUAGAUUAUACCUAAGGUGCUUAGUAAUAUAUCAUGUUGUCAAAUGUAUAUAACUAAAAAAAUAAUAUAUCAAUGUAAAAAUAAAAUGUAAAUUAAAAGAAUUAUUACCUUCUAUAUGA